AUUGCCUGCCAGCAGAAAACCAAAAAGCCGCAACAAGUCGGUAUACAUGAUAAUGGCAGUAGUAAGUAAGUAAGUAGAUAAGGCCGCUCCAGCGGCGAAUUCCCCAUAUCUUCUUCCGCCCCAAAUUUCUCUCCACCAGAAAAAUCCCAAUAUAAUCGCGGAAAAUCGCGACGACCCAUCCAUGGACUCAAUUCCCCCCUUUCUCUUCUCCUCCUUCUGGGAUUCCGGCGAAGCUGCGUGAACUCUCCUUUGGAGGUAGAUUUUGUAAGGGAAGGUAGUUUCGAUUACCAGUUGUUGUUGAGAUAAUGGCAUCAUCUCACGGGAACAGUACUCAUUCAGAAUCUGCCAAGACGGAGCAGAUAAUCACCGAGUUUUUUGCCAAGAGUCUCCACAUAAUACUCGAGUGUAGGUCUCCCUUUAUGUCUUCCCGUAACUUCAGUGGGGAACAAGCUCUAUCGUCUCCUUCGUCGUCGUCUUCCUCGUCGUCGAGUGUGAGGCCGAGGGACAAAUGGUUCAACUUAGCUCUAGGUGAGUGCCCUGCUGCGCUCGAGAAUCUCGAUCUCUGGCGCCAGAGCAAUUUCGAGCCAGUGGUGGUUGAUGUGAUCUUGGUGAAGAGAGGGCUUAGUAGAACUCAGUCAUUAAAGGAGAGUGGUAAUGCUUACAGUUCUGAUCAUGAGGAGGUGUUUUCUGGAAGUGAGGAGAAGAUUAUAGAGAGGUGGAUAGUUCAGUACGACACUAGAAAGCCAAGGGAAAAAGGUUCAACCAGUCGCAGAACGUCGAGCAAUGUACUGCAUACGUUGUACAAGAAAUCGAUACUACUCUUGAGGUCUUUGUAUGCUACUGUUAGGCUUCUACCCGCUUACAAGAUCUUCCGGGACCUCAAUUGCUCCGGGAAGCUUCGGCCUUUUACUCUCACUCAUAGGCUAUUAUCUUUCGUUGAGCCCUUCACACGCAAAGAAGAAUCUGAAAUGCAGCGAUUUAGUUUCACCCCUGUGGACACUUCUUCUGGAAGGCUUUGCCUUUCGGUUUUGUAUCAUUCAUCAGUAUCUGAUGCUAGUUCUGAGUCGUCCACUCCUAUGUCUCCUCAGUUCAUCCCUGAUUAUGUUGGAAGUCCAUUGGCUGACCCGCUGAAGAGGUUUACUUCUCUUCCUGUGUCCUCUCCGUCAUCUCUGCCAUUCUCCAGGAGGCAUAGCUGGAGUUAUGACCGGUAUAGGGCUUCACCGCCUGCGUAUUUCUCUCCUUCACCAACUCAUUCAGAACCACCAGCUGCAAAUGCCCUUCGGUUUGGACCCGUGAACUUGCCUCCUCAGCAUCCAGACAGUUCAUCAGUUCACAAGACCAACUACAGUUAUGAUGAGUACUAUCCUUCUCCUAACUUUACACCAUCGCCUUCCCCAUCGCCACCUGUCUACAUGCAUGGGAAUCAUCUUUCGAAUGCAGCACUGUUACGAACCGAGAGUGCACCUGUCUGCAUACCAAAGCUCAAUCUACAUCCAUCUCUUCCGAUGAAUGAUAACAGCAGACCAUCACGUGGUUCUAAAUUAGAUACGAGUACAGAUUUGAUUCGGUUUGCACUUGCAUUGAUUUGGGAUUGCUUUUCUUGUUUAUGUGUAGUUGUGAAAGAUGAUUCUAAGAAGCAUUACGGGACAAAGAUAUCUACAGUCAAUUCUUCGCAGUUUUCGAUUUCUAGAAGUUCCAGCAGAUCUUUUCUUGAUGACUUUGAUGAUUCAGAUUUUCCUUGUCAUUUUGAUGUGGAGGAUGAUGAUCCGAUGUAUCAUGGAAGCAGGCCAGAAUCUUUUGAUAAAAGAAGUCAUAUUGGAGACCAGAUGGAUCCCCAAGCUGGAGGAACCUUCCCCAUCAAGAAAUCACAAGAUGCCGCAGUAGGUGCCCUCGUCCACAUGCUGAAGAAAGCUCCACCUUUACGCCAGGAACUCUCCACUAGCACGGUCGAUUCGACUCACGUGUCCAGCAUUCGAGCAGAACAUCCUCCUGAUACCUCGUCUUCUGUUCUGGUUGCAUCGAAGACGACGGCUGAUGCAUUGGAAGAACUGCAGGGUUUCAAACUGAUGAAGGACUGCCUGCUUAGUCAAGGAGGCGGGACUUGCAAUGUGGCAGCAGGUAUAUGGAAGUAGGGUCCUUUUCGUGGCGGCGUUUUCUGAACAAGUUUUCUGUGUCAGGAAGUUUGGGUCUCUGUACAGAACCACAAACUUUUAUAUGGGGUUUCUUCAAGGAUUGGGAAUCUUGAUUUUGGCUUGAGGUAUAUGGCCUAAAAUGACUGUAUAUGUAAGCGCCCAUAUUCCCCUUGUGUAUAAAGAGGCGUUUUAAGAUGAGUUCACAGGUAGUUUCGCUGGAAAGUCCUAGCUUUCUGCUGUAACAAAGCCUAUACAUAUUCAUAUAAGAUUAGUUACCAAUCGU